AUGUCGUCGUCAGUCCGGGUAUCGUCGCUACUGGCCGCUGCACUUUUGGCCUUUGCUCCUCCAACCCUCGCCAAGGACUGGGAGGGAGAACCAUAUAAAUGGCUUUUCCAGUUUCCCUUGCCUAUUCCACCGCUCAAGACAAAGAAAUAUGAUACGUUCACGCACCCCACCACUGGCGGUCCCAUCAAGUAUUAUGAGCUGGAAGAGAAGGUUUUCUCUCAGAAUGUAUACCCGGACCGUGGUAACGCAACUCUGAGAGGAUAUGAUGGCAUGUCCCCAGGCCCGACGUUUCUUGUUGAAAGGGACGAGGAAGCCAUCGUCCGCAUAACAAACCAUGCCACUCGGCCGACGUCCACACAUCUCCACGGAUCAUACUCUGCUCAUUGGGAUCCCGAUGCUGACAAAUCUGUAAAGCGACCCGCAUUUGACGGAUGGGCCGAGGAUCUGACUCCGGUCGGUAGCUUCAAGGAUUACUACUAUCCUAAUGGCCAAAACGGUCGCAUGCUGUGGUACCACGACCAUGCAAUCGACCACACUGCUGAAAACGCAUACUACGGCCUUGCUGGGGCGUAUAUAAUCCAUGACAAGAACGAGGACAAGCUCGGGCUUCCCAGCGGAUAUGGCCAGUUCGAUGUCCCCCUUGUGCUGUCAGCAAAGCAGUACAACAAGGACGGAUCGCUCUUCUCACCCGAAGGUGAAACGACCAGUCUGUAUGGCGACGUGAUUCAGGUUAACGGUCAGCCUUGGCCAUUCAUGAACGUCCAAGCACGCAAAUACCGCUUCCGCUUCCUCAACGCGGCCAUCUCGCGGACUUUCUGGAUGUACUUUGAGCUUACCGAUCAAGUCGGCAAGAAGAUCCCUUUCCAAGUCAUCGCAACAGACUCGGGGCUAUUGAGCGGGCCGCAAAAGACCGACAACAUGUAUAUCUCGAUGGCUGAACGCUAUGAGAUCGUCUUUGACUUCAAGGACUUCAAGGGCAAGACAAUCACGCUCCGCAACGAGCGAAACUUUGCUCCAGACACCGACUACCUGCACACCGACAAGGUCAUGGUUUUCAAGGUGGCCAAGGACAGCGUUUCGGAUCCGUCCCAGGUCCCCUCGACCUUCCGCACCAUUCCAUACCCUCCCGCCAAGACGACGGUGGACAAGCACUUCAAGUUUGAGCGCAACAAUGGCCAGUGGACCAUCAACGGCGUGACUUGGGAGGAUGCCAACAAUCGCGUCCUGGCCAAGCCGCAGCGUGGAUCAACCGAGGUGUGGGAGUUGGAGAACAGCAGUGGCGGCUGGUCGCACCCCAUCCACGUCCACUUGGUGGAUUUCCAAGUCAUCAAGAGAGUUAAUGGAAAGCGAACCUUGCAGUCGUACGAGACGGCCGGUCUCAAGGAUGUCGUCUGGCUGGGUCCGGGAGAGACGGUGACGGUGCGAGCCAUAUUCGGCCCCAUGGAGGGUCUGUACAUGUUCCACUGCCACAACCUCAUCCACGAGGACCACGCCAUGAUGGCGGCUUUCAACGUCACCCAUCUCGACGACCUCGGCUAUAACGACCCCGACUUUAUGGACCCGAUGGAGCAGCGGUGGCAGGCCAAACCCGAAGGCCCCGAGCUGUAUACCUCGGAUGCAGUCAAGCAGAGGAUCGAUUAUAUGGCCAAGGCAGGACCUUAUGUCGACAUAAAGGGAAUUGAGGACAAACUGACGAGCUAUUGGACCAGUAAGGCAUCCUCAACCACUCCUAGUUCAAGCUCUGGUGGCAAAUCGGAUGACAGUGGGAAAAGCGGCUCAGGCAAGGGGUCUGACGAUAGUGGAAAGAGCGGAUCGGGGAAAGGCUCCGAUGACAAGAAGAGCAAGACGAAACGCAACGAGGGCUUCAUGGCAAGGCGUAUGGUGAAGCUGACAGGCAAGUAA